CGCCGGGCGGUGCGGGGCGCGCGGCCCGGCCAUGUCUCCGGGGGAGGCGGCGUCGGGCUGAGCGGCCGUGCGCGCGGCGGGGAGCGCUCUCCGCCACCAUGAGGCGGCUGCCGCUGCUCCCGCCUUGCCCGCUGCUCCUGCUGCUCCUGCUGCUGCCCGCCGAGGUCAGAUGUACAAUUGCCUGCACUGACAACUGUAGCUUGAAAAAUGUAACUGAAGAAAUGGGAACCAGUAGUAAUGAUGAAUUAUCAGUGAACUCCACAAGUGGGAACAGAAAAUCAUCAGAGGAUGUGCCACUAUCUGUCAGUGCAUUGAGUGAUCAGAACAGCGUAGCACAGCCCAGCCCAGUGCUUGAUCUCAGGGCAGAAUAUGUUGGUGUGACUUCUGUCAACUUAACUUGGAUGGUAAAUGACACAGCUUUGACCACGUACACGUACAGGAUAGAGGUUAAGAAUGCUACUUUCAUUAGCAACGAAAUGUCAAAUAUCACAGAAAUUGAAAUUACUGGGUUAACCCCUGGAACAUUCUACAACUUCAAAGUAUUUGCAACACCAGUCAACAGCACAACUGAAGAAGAAGGAUUGUCCUUAAACCUGUAUACAAAGCCUUCACCAGUGUUUGAUCUCAAGGCAGUGUAUGUUGGUGUGACUUCCGUCAACUUAACUUGGACGGUGAAUGACACAGCGUCAGCCUCCUACACAUACAGGGUAGAGGUUACAAGUGACUCUUUUGCUGAUAACCUGACAUUGAAUGUCAUGAUGGCCGAGAUUACUGGGUUAAUCCCUGGGACAUUGUACAGUUUCAAGGUCUUUGCAGUAGUGGCUGAUAAUCAAACAGAAGGAGAAGGAGCAUUCACAAGCCUGUAUACAAAGCCUUCACCAGUGUUUGAUCUCAAGGCAGAGUAUGUUGGUAUGACUUCAGUCAACUUAACUUGGAUGGUGAAUGACACAGCGUCAGCCUCCUACACGUAUAGGAUACAGGUUGCAAAUGAGACCUUUGUUAAUGAGAUGAGGUCGAAUGUCAUUGGAAUUGUUGUAACUGGGUUAAUCCCUGGGACCUCUUACAAUUUCACGGUCUUUCCAAUAGCAGCGGAUGGUCAGACGGAAGGAGAAGGAGCAUCCAUAAGCCAACCUACGGUUCCUUCCUCGGUGAAUUCAUUUCAUUGUGAAGCAGUGGCUAAUAUGUCUUACCUAACACUGAAGUGGGACUGUCCUUUUGGCGGCUAUUCUGGCUUUGAUAUCAAAAUAUUUAAUGAUACUUGGACAAUAAAUCGUCAGAGUCAAUUCUGUGUGAGAGAAGGCUCAGAAGAAAUCUUCAAAACAGAACCUUUAGAUUAUUACAAAACCUAUACUGUUACUGUUACAACUGUUUCAGAAAGUUUAACGAGUCUUCCAGUGCAGAAAAUAUGUAAAACAAGCAUUACAGAUCCACCUGCUCCAAACGAAGCUCCUUUGGUCAAGGCAGUCAGUCACAACUCAUUGUCUGUUGAAUUUCCUGAUUUUGAGUCAGUGAAUGGACCGUUAAAAGCUUAUGCAGUAAUGAUCAUAACUGAAGCAGAAGGUUGUUGGCCUUCAAAGUCUGAUUUGAACUACACAUACAACGAUUUCAAGCAGAAGAUGACAGCCACCUAUGUGACAUAUGUCAUAGACAUAGAGAAGACAACAUCACCUUUCCAUUCUCAGAAUGGGCACAACAUUGUUGACGUAGGCAAGGGAAACACCAUGUAUGGCUAUGAAAAUGGACCAUUGAUUCCUCUUCAUUCAUACAGGGCAAGCGUUGCAGGUUUCACUAAUAUAAAUUUUACUGUGGCCAACAAAAUUAUCGGAGAGCAGAGUUAUGUGUCGUUUUCACCCUGUUCUGAGGUGGUUUCAUUACCCCAGGAUCCAGGUGUUAUUGCUGGAGCCGUUAUUGGAUGCCUUUUAGCUCUAUUGGCUGUAGUAGCUAUAGGGGGUUACAUAUUCUGGAGGAGGAGAAGGAAAGAUAAAAGAAAUACUGAAGUGUCUUUUUCUCCAAUUAAAAUAAAGAAAUCAAAAAUGAUUAAAGUGGAGAACUUUGAGUCCUACUUUAAGAAGCAGCAAGCAGACUCCAACUGUGGUUUUGCUGAAGAGUAUGAGGAACUCAAGUCUGCUGGUGUUCAUCAGCCCAAAUUUGCUGCUGAAAUCCCUGAGAACAGGGGGAAAAAUAGAUACAACAAUGUCUUACCAUAUGAUAUUUCUCGUGUUAAACUUUCAAAUCCAAGCUGUGCAACUGAUGAUUAUAUUAAUGCAAACUAUAUGCCUGGAUAUAGCUCAAAGAAGGCAUUUAUUGCUGCACAAGGCCCUUUACCCAAUACUAUAGAAGACUUCUGGCGCAUGAUUUGGGAAAAGAAUAUCUACUCUAUUGUCAUGUUGACAAAAUGUGUUGAACAGGCCCGGACGAAAUGUGAGCAAUAUUGGCCAGACAAACAAUCCAAGAGUUAUGGUGACAUUGUUGUGACAAUGGUCUCGGAAGUUGUUCUUCCAGAAUGGACGAUAAGGGACUUCAAUGUAGAAAAUGCUGACACACUGGAGAGCCACACAGUGCGUCAGUUCCAUUUCACAUCCUGGCCAGAUCAUGGAGUGCCAGAGACAACAGACCUGCUAAUCAACUUUAGACACCUUGUUCAUGAAUACAGCAAUCAGAAUCCCAUUGACUCUCCUACUCUAGUGCACUGCAGUGCUGGUGUCGGGAGGACAGGGACAUUUAUAGCCAUUGACCGCCUGAUUCAGCAGAUUGAAAUGGAGAAUACUGUGGACGUGUAUGGAGUGGUGUAUGAUCUUCGAAUGCAUCGACCUUUAAUGGUGCAAACUGAGGACCAGUAUGUCUUCCUGAACCAGUGCGUCAUGGAUAUUAUUAGAUCACAGAAAGAGAAGAAAACAGAUCUUAUUUAUCAAAACACAACAGCAAUGGCAAUCUAUGAAAAUUUCACACCUGGUCCAGCUUUUGGGAAGGCCAACGGUUAUCAUGCAUAACCAGGAUGCAACGCAGUCUCUCCAGGAGUUGCUGUCUGUGCAUGAGAAAGGGAGAUGUUCUACUUACAUUUUCCAGGAUUGUGUGCAGUGUUUCGUGUCUGGUUUCUCCAGUUCUGUCCUCAUAUGAAGAAGUGAUCAGUGAUCUUCUGGAGGAAAAAAAGACAGUGCUGGGAGGAGCCACAAGUCGAUAAAAAAAGAAACGUUCUAAAAAAGAACUAUUUAAAGUUAACAGAGGAAUUCUGAUUUUUCUUGGGAAUUUAACAGUACUGAUAGGUGAAAUAGCAUUUGCAGUACGAACAAUGAACUAGAAUUUAAAUAUUAAAAUAAUAACACAAGCUUUUUAUUACAAUUUUAUAUGAUUUCAUUUACAGACACCAGGCUUGUGGGCUGUUUUAAUAUAUUUAAUUAUAAGUUUUGGGAACAUAUUUUAUCUGCUGUAUCUGGUUACUUAGCUAAUAGAUAUGUGCCUCUGUGAUUUAUUUUUUUCUGAGUUUUCCUUUUUAUUUAAAAAAGGAGUACAAACACCUCCUCCAAAUGGACAUUUAUACUUGGAAAUUGUGCCUUUUCUAGUUGCUACUCUAGAAAAAAAAACAGCAGAGAUUCUAUUUUUGUACUGAAACUCUUAAUGAGAACACAGAUUUUUAAAUAAGGCUUAUGUCAAACUUAACUGUAGUUGCACUGUUGGCAGGACUCUCCAGAAGUUUGGAGGUAAGCUUCGUUUUUGCAUUUCACCACAAAUAUCCCCUGCCUUAACGUUUCGGUGCCUCUGCUAGAGGAAAAGGAGUGUGACGUGUCACUCAGAGCUUUAACUGUAGUGAAAAACUGAGCAAGUGCGUACGUGGAUGUGUGUGCAGGGGUGUGUGUGGGUGUGUAUGAAGGACAGAACAGCUCCUCCCUGUUCCUGGUUGAUAUUCCUGUUUUUAUACAAUGAUGAUUUAUUUAAAGGUGCAAUAUAUGAUUUAUUGAAUAAUGAUCACUCUAUUCUAAUAGAGGUUUACUCAGGUUGGUGUCUUUUUAUCAUUGUUGUUGUUUUUUCCUCAAAUGUAUAAAUCUGUGAAAAUACUGAACUAAGUUUCCAAGUGUCCAAGCGCUCCCAAACAGAUUGACUGGCUUUACUGAUUCUACCAAAACAACUUGCACAAAAUUCUGCUGUAAAGACCGAUGUCUUGGUUGUUUUAGCCAUUCAGAACUGAAGUACAUCUUCCCCGCCUGCAUCUCAUUGACAUGAUGUAAUUGUUUUGUAAUUGUUUGCGAUGUACUGCUGCUGUUAUUUUAACUGGUCCUUUUAAAAACAGAACAAAUGUGCAGAAAACCCAUGGUUGCUGAUUUUGCAAGUCAAGUGUUUGAUUAGAUUUAUUUUGCUGGUACAUGACUGCUAGAUUUAUGAAGGCAUUACCAAUGAAGGACUUCUUAAGUACUUUGGAGGGGAUGUAGGUUUUUUUUUUUGGUCUUCGGAUCAUUGCACUGGUUGCAUCGCAAAGGAAUAUGAAGUUUCUGAAUAAUGCUAUAGAAUAGCUAUCAAGUGGUGAAAAUCUUGUGAAGGGUUUAAAAACCAGAGUCCCUGGAAUUCUGCUGCUUUUGUUUUGUUGUUUGCUUUUUUUGUUUCUUUCUUUCUUUAGUUUUAGGCAGAGCUGUCAGAAAUAGCUAACGUACUUAGGAGUAUAAGCGGUAUUACAGUGGCACCCGGUGACCCUGCGAAAUUCAGGAAAAUGUAGGAAUUCCCGGUGCACAACUGUAACAUUACAGAUAGCCAGAGGAGCUCUUCGACCUAGUGUGAAACUGUGGCAUGUUGUGUGAGCAAAUCUGGAGGACAAACCACAAAGUGUUUCAGCUUUUUUUUCCCAUAGCAGCCACUUGUGGCUUCUUUAAUAUUUUUUCUCUCUUUCUCUGAAAUAUUUUUUUAAAAUCAACAAAAACACACGAACACACAAAUACCCACAAGAACAAGCCAAACUCAUGAGGUUGGUGAUCCUGCCCAACCUCACCCAAAAUGGUGUUCCGCAUAGUGAAUCUCAUAGUGCUCACAUGACAAAUAAGCCACUGGGACCAAAAAGAACCAUUCCAAAGGAGCUGGGAAGGCAGAAAGCCUGCCCCUGAAGCUUGCUGCCUAAGGGUAGUGAAUGCUCUUUUGCUUCAGUACGCCCUUCUUUUAUACAGCGUAGAAGAGAGGAGAUGAAUCCUAGUUUGGGUCCUGCUUUUGCAUUAUAUUGCAGUGGAACCUGUGAAAACAAACUAGAAUAGUAAGUGUUUCUGUCUAGCCACUGCCCAGAUAGUCUUGCAGAAAAUAAAAGUAUCUAACCCAUUGUUUUGAUUUUGGAAGCAGGUGCCAAAUUCUCACUUGUCGUUGUCUACGGGCUAUCUAUUUUUAAUGCAAUGGUAUCCACUUCAACAGUUCUGUGAUUUAUUUUUUUUUUUUCCCAAAAGUGAAUCAUUCUUACAAGGGACUCAAGCUGAAAGAAAAUGACCUGCUGAUCCCAAAUACAAGCGGGCAGAGUUGAUAAGGCUUAAAAUGUUUUAAACAAAGCUGGAUGUAUUGUCAAUGUGAGUAAGUAGGAAAUGCAUCUCUGCAUAUCUCUGCAGGAAGAGCAGGAUUGCAGGUAAUCAUCUGCUAGGGAUCUCUUGUGGGUCACUGUUGGCCAAGAUGACUUGAAUUCCUGAAGAUUUUUUCUCCCUGCAUUCUGAAGUUCUCUGUGUUACAAUUGCUGAGAUCUGUCUCUUCACUCAGUGUUUUCUCUUGCUGUUGCUUAUCUAAACCUAUUCAUUUUCCAGGCUCAAAUCUCCGCUGUGUGGCAAUUACAUCUCCUGCAUUUCUGUUUUAUUCUUUUUCCCAUUUCGGGCCUGCUUAAGAAGGGAAAAAUUGAUGUGUUUCAAAUAAGUGACUGUUAGUUAAAUAUCUUGAAAUGAUGUACAAAUUUUGUUGUUUUCAUAUUUGUUGUACAGGAAAUUUCAGCACAUGUCUAAAAUGUUUUUUUUUUAAUUUGAUUUGUUUUUAAAAAUAUAAAAAUAACAAUUAAAAAGCA